AUGGUAGAAUUUAUCUUCAAUUCAGGGAGAAAUGCCUGGACGGAUGAAAUGAUUGAGAACUUUAGAUGUCUUGCUUACAGAUAUUGCAUUUUGUGCGAAGAGCAGUAUGGAGCUAAUGCAUGUGUUAUCAACCUUCACAACCUGACACACUUUCCUGAUGACAUCUUGCGGUUUUCUGCAUCAGAUAAUUUCUGGUGUUUCCAAUUUGAAAGAGCUGUGAAGCGUUAUGUAAAGCAAAGCAGCAACAAGAAGCAUAUUGAAAAAUCCUUUGCUCGUAGGGAAUGUCAAAGAGAAUUCCUCAAAUUUCAACCAGACCUUAAGCUGAUCUCAUCAGAAAGAACCAGAAUGGCAUGGGCUAGGGACAAGGAGAAGGUGACUAUAAUAUUAAGUAUUUUAUUCUAUCAUUAAGCAUUGUUGUGACCUAGUAACAAUAUAAUUAAUUGGAAAACACUCAGUCACCUGCAGCUGAGUUAUUUGGAUGUGCUGUUGACUAAUAAUUUGAGAUCUGAACUCAAGGUAACCUCAAUCUCAAGCACUGUUGAACUAUACACUCUUUAUGUAAAUUCUUGGACCCAAGCUUUGUCCAAACUUAGUGAAAUGUAAUAAACAUUAUUUUAAAAAUAUUUAAUACCUGUAUCCAAUGUAGUCAGAACAAUAUAGCCUGCAUAUAGCAAGCAUACCCACGAAUCAUGUGGACAGGAAAAUUUUGUGGCAAGAGGACUGCAUGCUCUGCAAGAAUGGAAGCUAUAACAAUAUUACACAAUUACAUGUAACACAUACCUCUCUUUUGUAAGCAAUAGCAGUAAGCAAUCUCAUCUAACUUACAACUAUAACCAGGGCUGUGCUCUAAGGGUUCCCUGGUGCUUUACAUAACUAACAUUUGCCUUUGGGCAACUGACAAACUUACUUUUUCAAGCUUUAUGCUGCGUGCCCUGGAUCUCAUAGGUUGGAACUUCUAGGCUCCUUGUAAUUUUUCUUAUGGCGCAGCCUUGAUACUUAUAAUGCAAUAAAGUGGUCUGUGUAACUACUGCAGCUAUCAAAUUCAUAAUUUGCAGGCUAUCACUUAACUUUCCUUCUGUUUUCUAAUCAAUGAUUAAGGUAACUACAUCGUCUUUGGAAGGGGCCAAGUACCUCUUAACGCUUUGUUCAGGAGGGCCUCUUGCUGAUAAAGUAAAUGAAGGAGUGUUAAUUGGUUCUGGCCAUAUCCACAUAAUGUCAUAUCAAAAGAGACAAACUGUUCUAGAAUAUUUGGAGGAUGUUACAGCAGACGAUCUCAGCAAAGCUGUUGAAUACUUUCGCAGUGCAUUCCUUCCCAUGCAUUGCAAACCAUUGGGUGGAAAGCUUUACAGGAAAGGAGACUUCGUUUCUGCAGUUGAAGAAGGGGCUGAAGUAUUUUUGCAAAUACAAGACUUCUACUUGAUUAAAGUUAAAGAUGCCUAUCAAUCUCUUGUCCUUGGUGUGACUUUUGAACUGAUCAUAAACCCUGGUGGCGAGGUUACAAGGCAUCCUGUUAGUGAUACUCUGUACAUUCAACCUGCAAACUCUUCAAUUUCCUUAAGUUUGAAAGACCUUAGACGAGAGAUCAUGCUGUUUCCAGAUACAGGUAACAAAUAUGCAGUGGUGGAUCCGUUCAGGGAAGAUGUGAAUCUCCCCAAGGUAAUUGUGCCUGUCUACCCUGAAGUUGGCGAUUUUGUUUCUGUAACUGGUUAG